CCCGCCACUUCUGCUGUUGCGGAGAAGACAAGGAUGGAGUUGAGCCUCAGUGGGAAUGCUUUGAAGACGUUUGCCCGAUCUAUCACGUGUCUGGCACGCAUUGGCAAUGAGGUCACCCUCCAAGCUUCCCCUUCCCAGUUAGCUUUGCAUACUCUUAACUCUUCAAGGUCUGCGUAUCAGUCUAUCACACUAAAACCUUCCUUCUUUGAUGUGUACACUGUUGCUGGAUCCCAAGUGCAGUGCAGCGUCCUUUUGAAGGCCAUUUGUUCUGUUCUUAGGACAUCAUUAACAAGCAUUGACCAUAUGACUGUGCUUUUGCACGAUCCUGAUGCAUCAAAAGUGCAGUGGACUUUGGACUGCAACAAUGGUAUGAAAAAAUCAUAUUGGAUUACAUGCAAUGUUGAACCAGAUGUACAACAUCUCUCUCUUGAUAGAAGAAGGCUCCCAAGCAGCUUUGUAGUGAGACCUCGUGACCUCAACAGAUUACUAGCUAAUUUUCAGUCAACCCUUCAGGAAAUAACUGUCAUAGCAACAGAGACCACAGCGUUACCAUCUGAUGCCGCAAAUGAAGUUGGAGGGAAAGCUGUUGAACUUAGAAGCUAUAUAGACCCGAGUAAAGAAAAUGAUUCGUCAUUACACACUCAGUUGUGGAUAGAUCCUUGUGAAGAGUUUGUGCAAUAUACACAUUCUGGAGACCCUGUAGAUGUAACCUUUGGUGUGAAAGAGUUGAAGGCAUUUCUUUCAUUUUGCGAAGGAUGUGAAGUUGACAUACACUUAUAUUUUGAGAAAGCUGGCGAGCCUAUUCUGAUGGCACCUAAAUUUGGUCUAGAGGAUGCCUCAGUUUCAAACUUUGAUGCCACUUUGGUACUAGCGACCAUGCUGGUGUCCCAGCUACAUGACAGGAGAACUUCCACAGAACUUAAUGCGGCUCCUGCAACUCGUGGAACAGAGGACCAACCACAAGAGAGACCAAAAGGAAAUGAUUCUGAACAUCCUGAUCACACUAGAAUUUGGUCAGAACUUUCAGCAAGUGCCACCAAAAGUGCAACCGGACCUCCUCAAGAAAGGGAAAGAGAUCUGAAUACAAAUGGUUAUGGGGAUAUUCAGAGGAUUAGCACAAUGCACAUCUCUAAAGCUAGAGAAGAUGGAAGAAAUUUGGCGACCAACACCUACCCUGCAAUGCAAAGAGAACAUGUGGAAGAAGCUCAAGAAAUGGAUGGUCCUGGCACAGUCUCACAACGUCAUCUCAGUAACUGGGUCGAUGCGGAUGAGGAUGAUGAAGAAGGGGAGGAUUCAGAACCUUAUGUUCAGGCAACGCCACCAUAUUGCGAGGAACAAUAGUACCUACGAAAUCUGAACGUAUGGCAGACACCAUCAGAUCACAUUAAUUCCGUUCUUCUUUUCAUGACGAUGCAUCUUCAAAUGUUGUUAUCCCCAAGGAACCCCUUUCGGGUUCUUUUUAAUUAUCAAAGGGACAUUGUUCCUGUAAAUCUUUCUUUUCAUUACAAAGGUCUGAAUCAUGAAA